UGAAACUACCAAAAAGCCUAGUCCAGAGAGCGUAUCACAGGCUUUUAUAUCACUCUAGGUCUCCCGUUACAUCAGAGCAAAUUUCUGAAAAAUUGGAUCGAAUUGAGGCUUAUUUGUAUCAUACAUUAGAG